GCUAGUUUAUCAAAAUUUACGAUAAAAUUGAAACACUACUACUAAUACUAUAUUUAUCAUAUAAGAAGUGUAUUUCCUUGCUAAAUUAUAAAAACGUUAAAUAAAAAAAAUAUUCCCAUUUAAGAAAUCCAGAAUCCGACCUUUUAAUGCUUUAUAAUUUAUUGCUAAUAGUAAUAGCCCGCGUUAUUUUUUCGUGCAUCAAAAAGUUUAAAGUGAAUAAUAAAAAUACUAAAUAUACACUGUUUUAUGUAAUAAAUAAGUGUUAUGAUUCACAUAUUCAAAUACAUAUUGUAAUUACAGAUAGAUAGAAAGAUGAUGGAUAGGUAAAUUUACGCCAUCGACGAACUUGUCGAUUUGACGUUUUGAUCGCUGAGAGGUAGUAAGUAGCACAGAAAUCUAAAGACUUAAAAUAAUCGUGCGUUAGCAGUGAGUGUUGUCACUAUUGGGUUUGUUAUUUGGAGAAAUAUACCGAGAAGGCUUGAAACUCUGCAGGGAUGUUAAUUUCAAAGACAGUACCCUGCUUCCUUUACUUUGCUAUACAUAUCUGUACAAUAGAAUGUGAUCCUUCACCUCAUAGUCAUAUUCAAUCUAAAGGACAGAAACUGCACAGAGAGCGAGAAGAAGAUGGUUCAUUUAGCCCAAGUGAUUAUCAUCAUUACAAAGAAGGAAAACACCAAUCCGAAUUUGAUCAUGAAGCUAUCAUUGGAAACCGUCGUGAUGCUGAAGAAUACGACCAUCUUAGUCCUAAAGAGUCUCAGACUCGUCUUAGUGUUCUAGUUAAUAAGAUGGACAGAGAUCAAGAUGGGCUUGUUGAUAAGAAAGAACUUACACAGUGGAUUCAGAGGUCAUUCAAAAUGUUAACAGAAGAAGAAGGACAAGAACGAAUGGAAGAAGAAGAUAAAAAUGAGGAUGGAAAAGUUACAUGGAAAGAGCAUAUAGCUGAAGCUUUUGGAAUUGACUUAGAAACUGAAGAUGAAGAGUUUUCUGAUCAUCUUGGAACUAUUGAAGAAAACCAGAUGAUAAAAGAAGAUCGAAUGCUGUUUAAAGCAGCAGACUUGAAUGGAGAUGGUGUUCUUGAUAAGACAGAGUUUACUGCUUUUGCUAUUCCAGAGGAGUUUAAACACAUGCAUCAAACUCUCUACAAACACACAAUGGAGAAACGAGACACAAGCAAAGAUGGCUAUUUAUCUCUUGAAGAAUAUCUUAAUGAUGGCUCAAAUAAUCCUCCAUCUGUUGGAUCUGAAAAUUAUUUUGUGGAAAAAGAUCGAUUUGAAAAUGAAUUUGAUGUUAAUCGUGAUGGCAAACUUGACCGAGCAGAAGUCUUGAAAUGGCUUGUACCAGAUAACAAUAAAGUGGCAGAGAAUGAAGCUGAUCACCUGAUUGAGGAGUCUGAUGACAACAAAGAUGGAAAAUUAUCAGUUCAGGAAAUUUUAGAUCACCAUGAAAGUUUUGUUGGAAGUGAGGCUACAGAUUUUGGAGAACACUUGUAUAAUACGCACAAGUUUGAUGAUGAGCUCUGACACUUAUUUUUGUGACCUGAGCUGUUAGUGUGACGAUUUUCCAUAUAAAUCUACUCUUUUUGGUCACCAAAUUUCUGUAUUGUUAUUGCCCAUUUAAGAACAAGUUACUCUUUUUUUUUAAGCUUUAAAACAUGUACUUAAAUAAGUAUUCAAUGGUACAAAUUAAACCACUUGUAUCAGCAUAGUAAAUUCUUGGUUGACCUACUUGUAAUUAUAUUUUUACUUCCACACCUUGUAAAUUAAAUCAUCUAUUUUAGUAUGCAUUUUUGUUAUUCUUAUGUCAGAUGAAAUUUUAUUAUUAUAAAUAUGAUUAUAUUGUUAUGUUGGAUAUGAGCUACGGACAUAUACAAUUUAAAGUGUUGAUUGCAUUUAACCUCUUGGUAAAUGUCAUGCAUUAGAUAAACUUAAAUGUCUCGUGUCUCAUCAAAAAUUAAAUACCUUAAUGGGCCUGGCCCCCCUGUGGCACAGCGAUAUGUCUGCGGUCUUAUACUGCUAGAAACUGGGUUUCGAUACCCAUGGUGGGCAGAGCACAGAUAGCCCCUUGUAUAGCUUUUUGCUUGAUAACAAACAACAACAGAAGCAUUAAAGAGCCUGGCAUGUACAGUAUUUUUUUACAAGCAACAGUAGUUUUAUUAUGUAUCUUGACACCAAUGCUGUGCUUGGCCUAUUUAAUCCAUGUAAACCAAUACUUUUCAAUAUAUAUAUAAAAGUAUUUACAACCUUUUCAUUCUCUUAGAAAUUUCCUUUUUUUACCUUACAAUUUUUUUAUGAUCUGAUAAAUUAAACUUUGAUAUAACUCUUGUAUUUUUAACUUUCAUGAAAACCCACUUACCGGCUACAUUCAGUAAUUUGUUAAAACAUGUAAUUUUAAAAGUCUGUCUUUUUAUCUCCUGAACAAUAUUUAUUUCAGGGUGUACAUUAGGUUUAAAAGUAGUAAGUGCUAUGAACAUUAUAACAAUUUCAUUAUUAUAUAAAAAAGAAGUCUGAAGAAAAUAUAUUUUUUUUAUUAAUAACCUUGUUUUAUAUAAAUAGAAUUUAGACACAUUGGUAUUUCUUAUUGUGUUGGUUUCUCAGUGAAUUAAGAAACAUUAUUUAAUGUAUCAUAUUCUAAAAUCACUGUCUUUCAUUAAUAUUUUUGUGCAUAUGUAGAAAUAUUUAUUUUCUUUGUAUGGAGUUUUAUGUUGCAAUGUGCCAAUUGUAUAUAGACGGUUAUGUUUAUUGUCAACACUAGUAACUUUAAUAGACUGCAACUGUCUGUUGAAAGAAAAGGAGACCUGAAGGAAGGCCUCAGUGUAGAAGCUGAAACGUUGUCUCAUUUUCUUUCAACAGGCAGUUGCAGUCCAUUAAAGUUCACAAACAUACCUACUGUCUACUCUGUCUUAAGUUUCACAGAAACAACACGAGUAACUGUCCAAAGUGUUGUGCCAAAUGUAAUAAAAAUGAACUUACAA